GCCUUUGUGAAUGCCUGUUUAAAGGAUUGCACCUGAAUUUGAGUCAAAAAACAUAUAUCACCAACGUCACUGGUUACACAGAUUUAAAUAUCAAAAUGGCGAUCAAUGUCCCUGGUUUGAUAUCUGUUAUUGUUUUUUAUUUAAUCAUAUUGGUUAUUGGAAUCAUUGCGGGAAGAAAAACGGCGAAGUCUGGAACGACUCAGGAAAUGCUGGUGGCUGAUAGAAGUAUGAACCUCGUAGUUGCUUUUUUUACGUUAGCGGCAAGUCAUAUUGGUGGUGGCUAUAUCAAUGGCACAGCGGAGAUUAUGGCAUCAAGUGGAGCGGUAUGGGCUCAAGCUCCGGUAGCUUACUGUAUUUCGUUUAUAAUUAAUGGUAUCUUUUUCGGGCCUAAGAUGAGACGUGCUGAAUAUAUCACAAUGUUCGAUCCUUUCCAGAUUAAACUGGGAAAAAGAGUUGGUGCAUUAAUGUGUGUACCACAAUUUCUUGGUGAUUUGUUCUGGACUGCUUCUAUUCUUGCUGCACUUGGGUCAACGAUCUCUAUCAUAUUGGAUGCUGAUGAGAUCGUAUCAAUUGUUAUUUCUGCUAUUGUUGCCAUUUUUUACACUUUUCUGGGUGGAUUGUGGUCUGUGGCCUAUACGGAUGUUGUGCAGUUGUUAUGCAUUGCUAUCGGUUUGGUGAUAGCUGCUCCAUUUUCUCUGAUACAUGACGCUGUUGAUAUUGAGAGAGUGGUUGAUACGUGGCAAGGUAAUCUUCAGCCUAAUCAGAUUGGUUAUUACAUUGAUGUCUAUUGUCUGCUACUCUUUGGUGGAAUUCCUUGGCAAGCAUACUACCAAAGAACUCUUGCUUGUAAAUCGCCUGAAAGUGCAAGACUAGCAUCAUUCUUAGCAAGUAUAGCCUGUUUCCUGUUUGCUAUUCCAGCUGCAAUUAUGGGAAUCGCCGGAGCUUCUGCUAAUUGGAAUGAGACAAACUAUCAAGGGCUGAUUCCAAUACCUCAAGAUAAGAUGAGUUACAUUUUACCACUGACAUUGCAACAUCUAUGUCCUCUUCCGGUGGCCAUUAUUGGGAUGGGUGCUAUAUCUGCUGCAGUGAUGUCAUCAGCUGAUUCUAGUAUUUUAUCAACAGCGUCUGUCUUCGCCAGCAAUAUUUAUAGGGAACUUUUCAGGAAACAUGCAUCUGAUCGUGAAAUCCUGUGGGUGUUAAGAAUAUCUAUAAUUGUAACAGGAACUUUAGCAACAACAAUCGCUAUUACUGCUAAAAGUGUUUAUGGAUUAUAUGUGUUGUGUUCAGAUUUAAUGUAUGUCAUUCUCUUUCCGCAAUUGGUAGCCAUUAUGUAUUUUGAUGUUACCAAUGCUUAUGGUAGCAUAACCGGUUACGUUAUAGGAUUCCUAAUAAGGAUUCUCGGAGGUGAACCACUUAUAAAGAUUCCUGCAUUGGUAAAAUUUCCUUUCUACGAUUCCGAAUUUGGUCAAGGAUUUCCGUUCCGAACAUUCGCAAUGUUGUUGAGCUUCAUUGCUAUCAUAGGAAUAUCUAAACUGUUCGAGUAUUUGUUUCUUUCUGGAAAGAUACCGAUAAAAUACGACAUCUUUCUUUGUUCUAGUCCAAAUUUUCGCAAUAGACUCAAGAUGUUUAAAAGUACUCAAGAAAUGAAGAGAGAUAUGAGAGAAUAUGUUGAAAUGAAAAAAAUAUCAAGUUUUAAAGGCGAACAUGUGAUUUUGUAAACGCAUGUUCAGAGAAAAAAGAUAACUAGCACUAAGCUAUAUAUACAUAUAUAUAUACGAAAUCCAUCGUUUUAGCUUGAUUUUUUAUAUGUUUUAAUGUUUAUAUAUAUAUU